ACUGGAUGGGGCUAGAGCUGGGUAAGGAAGAACAUCUGGGUGGGGGAACAGCUGGGAAGGAGCACAUCUGGAUGUGGGUGGCACAGCUGGAUGGAGAUAUCAUAACAGAUGGCAUUGGCACAGUUGGGAAAGGAUUUCCAAAGUGGAGAAGAGGCAAAUCUGGAGCUGGGGCAUAGCUGGAUGGAGUUGCACAGCUGGAUGGUACUGCACAGCUGGAUGGCAUUGCACAGCUGGAUGGAGCGGCACAGCUGGAGAAGGGGUCAUCAUUCCCACCUUGCAAAUAUCUGGAUUGAACCGGGCAUUGGGAUGCUCCCAAUCCCCCCCCAGAACAGGGUUUCCAGGAUGGGGAAGAGGAUGGGGACGUUUCUGCCUCUGCUCACAGCUGGAUUACACCGGCCAACAUCUCGAUUGCCCCAGCUGCAGCAGGGCAGAGGGGUCAGUGCCUUCGCUACUCAUUAACCAACCCAUAGAGCCGCUGCACUUCCUGAGCAGGGCCAUUAAAAUGCAAUAAGGAAAGGAGCCCGGGGGACAGCGUGGGUAUGAAAGAACGAUGCAGAAAGAGCCUGAGGAUGCAAAUCUUGCAUGGGAUGCUGGGCUCAGCCCUUCCUUCCCAUGUGAUCCUGCGCUCGGUCUGCUUUGCCCUCCGAAAUGAUUUUGGUUGCCUCCUUCUUAUGGGGUCCCAUUUUACGGGGGGAGGUGACGAUGGAGCACAAUGCGGGGUGCUCCCCAGCACCGCCUCAUUGCAGUGAAGGGUUUGGGGUGUGGGCCUGGCUGUGGGGUAGGAGAUGGGGCGGGGUGCCUGCAUCCCACUGGCGCCUGUAUGAGCACGGACAGGGCUGGCUCACAUCGAUCCUGGCACUGCAGCGCUGCAGGGAGAUCACUUCUGGCAGGAGGAAUGGUGGAGAUUUGCAGCCACAGCCGGGCCGGAGCCAUCAACCCUGUCCUGGGGCUGCCCAGGCAGGUGGGGAUGGGGUGGGGAUGGCUCGGUGCCCUCGUGAAAUUCCCAGCUGCCGCGGGGAGCAGGAAACCGGGGGGGGAGAAAAGGUGUCUGCGGAGCGGAGCAGCAAACACGCCUUGUGCAAACACGCCUGGCAGCAUUCUGCAGAAAAGCAGGGCUUUCCCCUCGUGCCACCGCGCUGCUGGGGGGAGACGGGGCCGAGAAGGGGCACGACUCACUGCUGUGAUGUAUCCCACCUGUCUGUCUAUAGAGCUCAGUGUGAGCUGGGGAAGAGCUGAUGUCACCGCCCCGCCGGUGUCCUUGCAGGCGCCCAAGGUGAGCUCGGCAGUGGGGACACUGUAAAUAAGGGGAAGGAGUGACAAACACUGAGAACCAGCUGCUCCUGGCUGCUCACCGACCUCACCCCUCUGCCCCAUCCAUCCAACCCAGCCCUGUGGCACCUGGGAUAGAAGAGAGCCAAAAAUCUGCUGUUUUCGGGGCCGAAUAUGGCUUUUUUUUUUUCACCCCAAUUGCAGCCGCUCAGUCAGGUGAGCUAUUGGCAGAGCAGGCGCCUGCAAGGAUUUCUUCUCAUUCCUCUCACAAAACCAGAGGGUUCCUGGCUCAUUUGGAAGAGAGUCAACAAGUUAUGCGAAGCUCCUGGCUGCGUUUUGAGUCAUGAAAAGAAAUUUCCUCCUGGAGACGUCAUUUUGAGAUUACCAACCCAUGGACGGACGGGACGGAUUUGGAGAGCACUGCGCGUUCCCUUGGCCAAGGGACAACGCUCUUCCUCUCCACCCCUCACCCCCCACAUUUUGGGGCUGCAAAGGGAGAAACGGGAGCGUGAGCGCUCUCAUUUCGAUGCUCUUCUCAUGCAGACAGAAGGGAGGGGAAGCUCUCUGGGAGGAGUAAUUGGGGAAAGCAAACAGCCGCGCUGUUGGGCUCAUCUUUGCUUGCCACCAAUUGAAUUAAUCUCUGGCACAAAGGCCUGGUACGGCGGCUGGGCUUGGCCUCACGAGACCUUCUGGCUGCCUGGUUCCUGCCCUCCGGCUGCAUGCUGCCAGUAAUUGCAUUUGCAGUGCUUGCAGGAGAGCUGCGUCGCUGCCGGCUGCUUUUCUUGCCUGGCUUUGGGUGCCCGUGCAUCCAGGAUAUCAGCUGUGGGCAGGAGACGUCCCCUUGGGUUACCUGAGUGUCCCCUCCAAGCUGUGUCCUCCCCACAGCAGUUGGCUGGGCACCCACCCAGCUGGGCGCCCAUCCAGAUGUGCACCCAUCCAGAUAGGAGCCCCAUCCCACUGUGUUGCAGUUGAGCUGCCUGCAUGCAGCUGUGCCCCAUUCAGGCGUGCCCUAUCCAGCUGUGCCCUGUCUGCCCACGCCUAUCCAGCUGUGACCCCAUUGAACCGUGCCUUGUUCAGUUGUGCACCCAUCCAGCUGCGCCCCAUCCAGCUGUGACCCUUUUGAAGCAUGCCUCGUUCAGUUGUGCAGCCAUCCAGCUGUGAACCAUCCAGCUGUGUCACGAUUGAGCUGCCUGCAUCCAGCUGCACCCCAUUAAUCAGUGCCCCAUGCAGCUGUGCCCCAAUCCAGCUGUGCCUCCACCCAGCUGUGCUCCCAUCCGGAUGCAUUGCCUUCCAGCUGUGUCCCCAUCCUAACGUGCCUGAAUCCAGUUGUGCCCUCAUCCUUUUGGGUGCGAAUCCAGCUGUGCUGCCAUCCAGCUGUCCCCACCCAUCCAUGCCCCCAUCCAGCUGUGUGCAUCCAGCUGUGCCCUCAUCCAUCUGUGUCCCGCACCACCUGUGCCUCCAUCCAGCUGUGCCACCCCAUCCAGCUGUGCCACCCCAUCCAGCCGUUCCCUUGCUGGUCCCUUCCCGCUCACCCAACUGCAGAUGGUUUGCGUGAGAAAUCUAAUUCCUAAAAGCCAUUUCAAGUGGAAAUGAUGCCUAUUCCUUGUGUCCUUCUCCUGACACUGCCAGCCUGCCAGGUGGCAGACCUGGUCAUGCUUGCUAAUGAGGUUUGAUUUCUUCUUUCUCUGUUUUAACCAUUUUUCCAGCAAUUUUUCCUUGCAGACACACAGACACCUGCUACCACAGCGAGAGCAGCCUGCAGUUGGGCAGCAUGAGGUCCCAGAUGCCAUUUUUUGGCAGAGAAGGUGGCUUUUUUGGUGGAGGUGGUCUCACCCCUCGAAUCACAGAAUCAUAGAACCAGAGGGUGGUUGGAGAUGGAAGGGACCCCUAAAGGCCAUCUCCUUGCAAAGCACAGGGACACCCACAGCCCCAUCAGUGCUCACAGCCCCAUCCCCCGACCUCGGGUGUCUCUCUUGAACCCCAUUCUGACAGUGCCCCUUUGCUGAACCAACCCUCACCGUGGUCAGACUGCUGCCCAGGACCAAGCAGAAGAAAAGCCUUCCCAUGGCGCUUAGUCCAACCUCCAACCCCACUGUCAGAUGUGUCCCAGUUUUGGGGCCCUGGUCCCCAUUCCUCACUGGGGAGAUGGGCUCCUGCUGCAGCCUUGAGCACCCAUUCUGCCAGGAAAUCAUGCCUUUGCUGGGAAUUCAGACAAAAAAGCCUUGGUUUGGCUCCAAGUGGGACCUGACCUGCAAGUACGUGAUGUUACUGCGCCUCAGCAUUUCUCAAGAAGUGAGCUUCAGCCCCUUUUUCCUCUCCAGCCUGUCUUCCUCCAGCCCUGCGGAUAUCAAUGGGGGAGGAGGAAGGGAGAGCUGAGCACGCGGGUGAUUAAUGACUGCAUCUCUGCAGGCUUCCUUUCCUUGAGCAAGCACACCCGGACAUGCCUUGGAGACACGGGGUUGCUUCCUCUCCUUGCUUUCAUUUGUCCAGAAGUCCUAAAGGAGCCGAGCCGAGUGGGCAUCAGUGCCUCUGGUUUCACAACGGGCGCUUGGGGGUGGAGAUGUUAUCCACACGUGGAUGGGUGAAUCUCUGCAGCCAACAAACCGCAGCACCUGGGGGUGUUUGGCAAGAACUCCUUGCAUCCCCAACAGACAGGAUCACCCAGCUCUCAAUAGAUGGCUCAACGUGAUGCUUCCAGCCCUGCUGGAUUCCCUCCCUGGGAUCCCAAAGCAGAGCCAUUCCCCGCAUCCCCUCAGAAGCUGGACUCCACUUCUAGUGCUCCAAAAAAGAGAUGGUGGAUGUGGCGUGCGUUGAGCUCACCAGGGACUCGGGACCACGGUUCGACUCUCCCAUCCGGAUGGAUGCAAUUUUCAUGCCAUUUUCAGCCCGUGCAAUUGGUGGAUGGAUGCUAAUUCCUUCACUGAUCUAUUUUUUUCCUCAAUUAAAGGCAAUCUGCGCUGUUGACUCAGGCUCGGGUCCUAAGGGGCACAUGCGGUGGAAGAGCCCAGCCACCACCGAGGGGACCGAAGCGGAUGUUGGUUUUAUUUUGGGAGCCGGAACAGAGCGUCGGCGACGGCGCGUUCUGCAUGGAGCAGCCCACGUGCCCUUCACUUCUCUGUUUCACUUCUGCUUUAUGGAAAACGUUGCCAUGCUCGGCCACGCGGAGCAAAACAGGAAGCCAGAUCCCAAGGGGGAGCUUUUCAAUUCCUCGAAUUUGCCUCUUUCUCCUAAAGAGGCAACCAGGAUUUGCUGGAAAGGGGUAGAAUGAGAGAAAUGAGGAAGAAGCUGGGGAUGAGUCUUCCUACAUACUGCAGGCUUCAGCUCAUAGUGAAAGCAAAUGCACCACACGCACUGAACAGGUUGCCCAAGGAGGCUGUGGAUGCCCCAUCCCUGCAGGCAUUCAAGGCCAGGCUGGAUGUGGCUCUGGGCAGCCUGGGCUGCUGGUUGGCGACCCCGCACAUAGCAGGGGGUUGGAACUGGAUGAGCACUGUGCUCCUUUUCAACCCAGGCCAUUCUGUGAUCCUAUGAUUCUAUGAUUGUAUGGGGAGAUUUGGGGGGAUACUCCUGAUACUGACGCUAAUUCAUGGGAAUUCUGUGCUGAUGGAGCAGGGUGGACUCAGAUUUUGGAGGGAUGCAUUCCCUGCUCAGCAGAGCUCAGAUCAGCACCAGCUCUUGGCAGCACCCUCUAAACAACCCUGGGCGCAGCGCUGGUGCCCAGACGCUUUGUACAAACACGGAGGUGAAACCAUAACAAGGGGAAUACAGUCCUGGGGGGUCCCAGCCAUCAGCUGUCUGGGUUGGGCAUCGCUGCUGCUCCUUCUUUUCUGAUGGGGUCUGUGCUUGGGGAUGCUGUGCUCAGUCCCAGCUGGUUUUCGGUUGGGCACAUGUGAGAAUGGCCAGCCACAUCCCUGGGGUUGUCCCAUGGUGGUCAUCUGCCGAUGGGUGGAAUAGUAGAAUCACAGAGUUAGGUUGGAAAAGACCUCUAAGAUCCCCAAACCAAACCGCAUCGCACCCCACCGUGCCCACUGCCCACGUCCCUCAGUGCCACAUCCCCACGGUUCUGGGACUCCCCCACUCCUUGGGCAUCCUGUGUCCAUGCUCCAUGGAUGAGGACUCAUCCACUUCCCUGAGCAGAUGGGUGGGGGUGGGCUGCAGCUUGUAGUGGGCUUGGAGGAGGUGAAUCCGGAUGGCCUGGGCUCUACAGCUCUGUGAUGUGUUAUGGACGUUGGGACAGGCUCAAAGGGUCUGCAGAAGCAGCAGAGCACACACUCAGAGCCUGAAGUAACACCAUACAACAUCAAGAUGUGGGUGGAGGGGCCGACGUCUCCUUGUCUUGUGGAUUCUGUUGCCCACAUGGGGCAGGAACAACCCUUGCCUCAGUUUCCCCACUGCACACGGGGUUGAAUGCUCUGUUUUUCCAGCUUGGAAAUUGCACCAGGACUCUCACGUGGAGGCUGCAGCCCCAUCUGCUGCAGGGAAAGCUCCUGGAGCAGCCAGCCCCAGACCUGCCCAAGCCAAAAAUGCUGAAGCAGGUCCAUCCCGUUUGGGAUGUGUUGCACAAACACAAAGGCAGCAGCGAUGGGGGGAGGAGAGGAAUUGCUGGUGAACGAGAUCAGCUUGUUCCCUGUGUGUGUCGGCAGGCAGAGCGGGCAGCAGUGGGUGGCCUGGCUCACAGCACCACUGCUGCACGUCACAGCUGCUAUUGUGCAGAUAUCAGCCUCUCUGAUGUGCCUUAUUUCCAUCCUUCUUCCCACAAAUGCAUUCUUCUGUUUGCUUGUUUGUUGUCUUUUAAUUGCAUUUUAUUUCAUGUCGUGUCACUGCACCGCACUGCAUUGCAUCGCAUGGCAUUGCACGUUAUGUCAUUGCACAACAUUGCAUUUCGUUACAUGUUAUACCAUGGCAUGCCAUUGCAUUUCAUUUCACUGUAUGUCCUGGCAUGACGUAGCAUGCCAUAUCCUUGCACUACAUUUCAUGUCAUUGCAUGCCAUUGCAUGCCAUGCCAUUUCACAGCAUCUCACUUUAUUGCAUGCCGUGUCAUAUCCUGUCCUUGAUCUGCAAUUCACUUCAUUGCAUGCCAUUCCGUUGCAUGCCACUGCACACCGUGCCAUUGCAUGCCAUCCCACUGCAUGGCAUCUCGUUGCAUGUCAAAGCAUGCCAUGUCAUUGCACUGCACUUCCUCACGCUGCAUUUCAUUGCAUAUCAUUUCAUUGCAUGUCCUCGUAUGCAAUGCCACGUCACUGCACGACGUUCUGUUUCACUGCACUGCACUGCACUGCUUGUCACAUCGCAUCAUGUCCUUGCACAGCGUGGCGUGUCACUGCGUUGUGUUGCACUUUUUUGCCACGUGGGCACUGCCAGACAGCUCAGACCCACAGCCAGGCUCAUGGAAAGCCCUCGAGCACUUGGGAGCUCUUUCUGCAGGCUGCUGGCGGGCUCCUGUAUUCUGUUCACAUGUAACUGAUCUCAGCAGGGUGGAAGCUGCUCUAGCAUAAACUUUAGGGAUAAACCAGCCAGAUUUAUGAUCAACAGAAGGUCGUUUUCUUUACGAGGGGGAAUGGAAGAAAGCAGGGCAGCGUGGUGAUGGUAAAUCACAGCGA